AAGUGUGACAUGUGUCAACAAACCUUUAUUCACCAUUAGGAAAAGGUUAACAAAAACGUGAGAUGUGUGGUCCAGAAUUACUAGUGUCUUUAUGUGUGGCGUUAUGAUUGGCCCAGUUAUUUUAAUUAUUGGGUUUAAGUAUAUAUUAUGAAUACUGUUCGUCGGAAGCUUGGGGCCUUUACGUUGCUGUUUGCGAAAGGCAGAGGUCUCUCUGCUGCUCAUCCGACCUUCGCACACUGGGAUUCAGGUUUCCACCGGAACAUUUUCCAGUAUUUGCGGACAAUGGCUACUAUUGCUAAUGUUAAUACGCCGCUGGGUCCGAAGAAAGCCAAACAGAAAGAGCCGCUGCGGAGAGUGAAAUUCAAAGAGAACAGGAGUAAACAAGGAAAUGCUCACUCACCAUCCACCGUGUACCUGCAGGUGGUCGGUGCUGGCAGCAGAGAUAAUACCCCAUCACUUUAUGUCUUCUCCGAGUACAACAGGUACCUGUUCAACUGUGGUGAAGGAACACAGAGACUCAUGCAGGAAUACAAACUGAAAGCUACUUGCCUGGACAACAUCUUCCUGACCAGACUGAGCUGGGAGAAUGUUGGCGGUUUAUCAGGGAUGAUAUUAACCCUGAGGGACAUCGGUGUCCCUGAGUGUGUUCUCUCUGGACCUCCACAGCUGGAGAACUAUCUGAAUGCAAUCAAGACAUUUUCUGGACCACUGGAAGACAUCAAGCUGUCGGUGCGACCUUACACUGAAGAGACGUACACAGAUGAUACAAUGACAGUUUAUCAAGUGCCAAUCUUUGGCGAAGGACAAACAACAGCACAAGAUACAUCUUUAGUGGUUGCCUUCAUAUGCAAGCUUCACCCCAAGAAAGGAAACUUCUUAGUCCUCCAAGCCAAAGAGCUGGGUUUGCCUGUGGGCACUGCAGCAAUCGGUCCACUCAUUGCAGCUCUGAAGAAUGGAAAAAGCAUCACGUACGAAGGAAAAGAGAUCCGGCCGGAGCAGGUUUGUACUCCCCCAGACCCAGGACCAGUCUUUAUUGUUGUCCAGUGUCCAUCUGAGGAGUUUGUCCAAGCUGUUUGCACCAGUCAGCAACUGACAAGGCACCAAACAGGAGGAACAGAGGACCCUGCUGUGCUGGUGGCCCACAUGACUCCAGAGUCUGUUUUGAGAACAGAUCAGUACAAAAAGUGGAUGGAGAGGUUUCCGUCCUCGACAGAACACCUGAUCCUUAAUGAACAAGCGUGUACGGUUCACAACAUCAGAAGUCACAAGCUUCAAGCCCAGCUGAACAUGAUUCACCCAGAGAUCUUUCCACAGCUAAAACAUUAUAAAGUGAAGGAGCCUCAGGCUGCCCUGCACAUCCCUAAUGUCAGAGCUGAGUGUCUGCUCAAGUUCCAGUUCAGACCCGUAAUGGAGUGGCAAAGAGACGCCAUCCCCUCCUGCAACAUCGAGGACUUUGUGAAAGAAGCUUCUGAGGUCCCAAACUUUCUAGAAGAUGUAAACAAGUGCAAGAAGAUAUGCUCCACUGACCAUGCUGAACCUUCUGGGCGAGGAGAAAAGUACCCAGAGGUGAUUUUCUUGGGAACAGGAUCAGCACUUCCAAUGAAAAUCAGAAAUGUCAGUGGCACUUUGGUUAAUAUCAGCCCGAGUCAGUCGCUGCUGCUGGACUGCGGAGAGGGAACCUUCGGUCAGCUCUGCAGACACUACGGAGAUGAUGUAGAUGAUGCGCUCUCCAAAAUCUCAACAGUCUUCAUCUCACACUUGCACGCCGAUCACCACACAGGACUGAUAAAGCUGCUGUAUCAGAGGAAAAGAGCACUGACAACUUUAGGAGAGGCGUUCAGCCCCAUCUACCUGAUUGCUCCGGUCCAAAUCAUGACCUGGCUCAACCAGUAUCACCACUGCUGUGAGGAGAUCAUCAGCCAUAUCAACCUUGUCCCCAACAACUGUCUGUGUGAUGGCGCUGAGGUGUCCAAAGAGUUGACAAAGUCCUUCAUCCAAGCACUGCAGAAAAAGAACGACCUGGAGAAGUUCCAGACGUGCAGAGUGCGUCACUGUAGGAACGCCUUCGCCUGCAGCUUCACUCACAGAUCAGGGUGGAAACUGGCCUUCUCUGGUGACACGAUGCCCUGCGAUGCUUUGGUACACAUUGGAAAAAAUGCAACCUUACUAAUCCACGAGGCCACGCUGGAGGAUGGGCUGGAGGAGGAAGCUGUAGAGAAAAGGCACAGCACAACCUCCCAGGCCAUCGGCAUAGGCAUGAAGAUGAACGCCAACUUCAUCAUGCUGAAUCACUUCAGCCAGCGUUACGCCAAGAUUCCUCUUUUCAGUGAAGACUUCAGCGACAUAGUGGGAAUAUCAUUUGACCACAUGAGAAUUCGAUUUGGAGACUUGAAAAUCCUCCCUAGACUCCUCCCUGCACUUAAAACUCUCUUUGCUGUGGAGAUCGAAGAGAUGGAGGAGAGAAGAGAGAGGAGGGAGCUGAAACAUGCGAGGGAAAGCAGCUUUGAAUUGUACAGUGGAGAAAGGAUGACUGGAGCAGCGGACGUAAGCAGAGGUGCCAAACGAGACGAAGAGGAGGCAGUGACACACAGCGUAGAAACUAAGAGAAUGAGAACCAGCUGAAGCCUGAGUUAUUAAAGGAAGCUCAGAGAAAAAUACUUUAACUGAAAGCAUCCUCAGUUGUUAUAUUUAAAUGAACAUGAGAUUUUUAUUUGGCUUGUGUGAUUUGAUUGCAUUGCAGUGUACAGUGCUGAGCUGUAUAGUUUUUGCUUUUCUUUAAACAGAAUAAAGAAAUACCACCUGG